GUCAUGUGACUCCCUGCAGCACCAUGGAGGAAGCAGAAGAACAGGAAACUGGGUCUCUUGAAGAAUCUACGGAUGAGUCUGAGGAAGAAGAGAGUGAAGAGGAACCCAAGCUGAAAUAUGAAAGACUUUCUAAUGGGGUAACUGAAAUUCUUCAGAAGGAUGCAGCCAGCUGCAUGACAGUCCAUGACAAGUUUUUGGCACUGGGCACACAUUACGGCAAGGUUUAUUUACUUGAUGUCCAAGGAAACAUUACUCAGAAGUUUGAUGUGAGUCCAGUGAAGAUAAAUCAGAUUAGCCUGGAUGAAAGUGGAGAACACAUGGGCGUGUGUUCAGAGGACGGCAAGGUGCAGGUGUUCGGACUAUAUUCUGGAGAAGAAUUUCAUGAGACUUUUGACUGUCCCAUUAAAAUCAUUGCUGUGCACCCACACUUUGUGAGAUCCAGUUGCAAGCAGUUUGUGACCGGAGGGAAGAAGCUCCUGCUGUUCGAGCGAUCCUGGAUGAACAGGUGGAAGUCUUCUGUCCUGCACGAAGGGGAAGGGAACAUCCGCAGCGUGAAGUGGAGGGGCCAUCUGAUCGCCUGGGCCAACAACAUGUGUUACAGAGAAUCCCGGAAAUGUGAUGAAAGAGAUGCUGCUUUCAAAAUUCACUCUUCUAUUAAAAGGGAAGGCAUGCAGUUCAUUAAUGCUGUGAUUGUUAAUAGCACAACCAUCAGGGUUGAGAAAGUUUGGGUAAAAGUGUGGAUAUUUUACAAGCUCAAAAGGAGGAAAAUUAAGGACCAAAAAGGACAUCUAUCAAGUAAAUUACAACUAACCUCUGGAUUUAUUUUCCAGAUAUGCUCGGUGAAGGAACGACACGCCAGUGAAAUGCGAGACUUGCCGAGUCGCUAUGUUGAAAUAGUGUCUCAGUUCGAAACUGAAUUCUACAUCAGUGGCCUUGCACCUCUCUGUGACCAGCUUGUUGUACUUUCCUAUGUGAAGGAGGUUUCUGAAAAGACGGAAAGAGAAUACUGCGCCAGGCCAAGACUGGACAUCAUCCAGCCGCUCCCCGAGACUUGUGAGGAGAUCUCCUCUGAUGCCCUGACAGUCAGGGGCUUCCAGGAGAAUGAGUGCCGGGAUUACCAUUUAGAAUACUCCGAAGGGGAAUCGCUCUUCUACAUCGUGAGUCCGAGGGAUGUCGUCGUGGCCAAGGAGCGAGACCAGGAUGAUCACAUCGACUGGCUCCUCGAGAAGAAGAAAUAUGAAGAAGCUUUGAUGGCAGCUGAAAUUAGUCAGAGGAACAUUAAAAGACAUAAGAUUCUGGACAUUGGACUAGCGUACAUAAAUCAUCUGGUGCAGAGGGGAGAAUAUGACGUGGCAGCACGGAAGUGCCAGAAAAUUCUUGGGAAAAAUGCAGCACUCUGGGAAUAUGAAGUUUAUAAAUUUAAAGAAAUUGGACAGCUUAAGGCUAUUAGUCCAUAUUUGCCGAGAGGGGAUCCAGUUCUGAAACCACUCAUCUACGAAAUGAUCUUGCAUGAGUUUUUGGAAAGUGAUUAUGAGGGUUUUGCCACACUGAUCCGUGAAUGGCCUGGAGAUUUGUACAACAAUUCAGUAAUAGUUCAAGCUGUUCGAGAUCAUUUGAAGAAAGACAGUCAAAACAAGACUUUACUUAAAACCCUGGCAGAAUUGUACACCUAUGACAAAAACUACAGCAACGCUCUGGAGAUCUACUUGACCCUGAGACAUAAAGAUGUUUUCCAGUUGAUCCACAAGCACAAUCUUUUCAGCUCUAUCAAGGACAAGAUAGUUUUAUUAAUGGAUUUUGAUUCGGAGAAAGCUGUUGACAUGCUUUUAGACAAUGAAGAUAAAAUUUCAAUUAAAAAGGUGGUGGAAGAAUUAGAAGACAGACCAGAGUUACAGCAUGUGUAUUUGCACAAGCUUUUCAAGAGAGACCAUCACAAGGGGCAGCGCUACCAUGAGAAACAGAUCAGUCUCUACGCAGAAUACGAUCGACCCAACUUGCUGCCUUUUCUCCGAGAUAGCACCCACUGCCCGCUGGAGAAGGCUCUGGAAAUCUGUCAGCAGAGAAACUUCGUGGAAGAGACAGUUUAUCUUCUAAGCCGGAUGGGCAACAGCCGAAGCGCCCUGAAGAUGAUCAUGGAAGAAUUGCAUGAUGUGGAUAAAGCCAUUGAAUUUGCCAAGGAGCAAGAUGAUGGAGAACUCUGGGAAGACCUCAUUUUAUAUUCCAUUGACAAACCACCAUUUAUCACUGGCUUGUUAAACAACAUCGGCACACAUGUUGACCCAAUUCUCCUGAUUCACCGAAUUAAGGAGGGAAUGGAGAUUCCCAAUCUGAGAGAUUCAUUGGUAAAAAUUCUGCAAGACUACAAUUUGCAGAUUCUGCUGCGGGAAGGCUGCAAGAAGAUCCUUGUCGCCGACUCCUUGUCUUUACUGAAGAAGAUGCACCGAACUCAAAUGAAAGGCGUUCUGGUUGAUGAGGAGAACAUCUGUGAGUCCUGCCUGUCCCCCAUCCUCCCCACAGACGCAGCCAAGCCCUUCAGCAUGGUGGUCUUUCACUGCCGCCACAUGUUCCACAAGGAGUGCCUGCCUGUGCCCAGCGUGAAUUCUGUGCAGUACUGCAACAUCUGUAGUGCUAAGAACCGCGGGCCAGGAAGCGCGAUUUUGGAGAUGAAGAAGUAGCGGGGUUCUCGGAGGCUGCGCCUGCUGCAGCAGUUCAGAGACCGCGUGCACACAGUUGCUGCACCCUGCACGGAUGAGAACUCAGGCUGUCCCAAGCCUACAGAGUCCCUGUUCACACUCACUAUCUCAUCAGCUGCUUAUAGGGCAUGUUCUUCAGCAACUGGGCGCUGCUGAGUGUCACGCUGUCUUGGGACAGGGCCGGCUGCAGGGGCUCCACACUCACUGCUGCCACAGCAUGGCCCUGUGUUAUGCUUGCUUCCCAAGCUCAGCCUUUUUCAUGUCUUCACUCGGUGACCUUCUUAAUGGGCCUUUUAAUGAAACACUGCAGCUUCUCAUUCAUUCCAAAACAUCUGGGAGCAGCACUGGAUGCAGCUGGUGGCAGCGUUGUGCGUAUUUGUCCUCGUGUUCUGUGCAUGCUGAUGACCAGCUGGUGCCUGGGCCUGUCAGGUGCUCAGCAUUUGUUGACUGAAUAAAUGUUAGCUCUUUUCAUUG